AUGUCAUCAACAAGAGUCACGCUGAUCCCCUGGGACCCUGAGUCUGCAGACCACAUCACGCGGAUGGUGGACCAGAGGAUAGCAUGCGGCUGGGACGCUAACCUGGUGCCCGAAUGGCAGGGCUGGCAGCGCUCGGGGUUCAAAUGCAUCUACUGGAUCGCACUCACAAGUGAAGACCCGGAGCGUGAUGCAAAGAUCGCCAAGCACGUGUCCGAAUACCCAAAGGAGACGGAGCCGAUUGUAGACACCGCACAAUCCAUCUACGCCGUCGCUAGGACGGCCACCGGGACACCGUUCCACCCCGUCGGCCACAUCUCGCUCGACGCCGGCAACCCGCCCGCCGAGCCCCUCGGCCUCCCGAUCCCCAAGGAGAACGUGUUCUGGGUGAAGAGCCUCUACGUCUCGGACGCGAUCCAGGGCUCGGGGAUCGGAAGGGCGGCGAUGGACAUGGCGGAGGCCAUGGCCGCCGGCACACCGCUCUGCGCCAAGACGCUGGUGCUGGAUACCGUCUCGAAGGAGGACCAGCUCCGGAAGGAGUCCGCCGUGGUGCACAAGGGAAAGCUUCCCGCUUCGCCCGCCCAAGCGUGGUAUGAGAGGAGAGGGUACAAGCUCAUCCACACAGUCAACAACUUCUACGGCUUCCCAGAAACGGAUCCGGACGGAAACCCGGUGGUUAGAAGAACCGUCUUCUUGCGCAAAGACAUCGUAUAG